CCUCUGUCGUGGGUGAGUGAGUUAUCCUGAUAGAGGAGGCCUCCUCGUCACUUUGCCCCCUUGCCCACCGCUGCCGCCUCCGGCGAUCCCCAUCCAUCCGGCGAGCGAGCAGGGCGCCGUUGUUCUUCCUGCCACAUCCAUCCUGGUGAGCACAUCCUCCGCCACCGCCGACCCCCAACCAUCGCGCGAGCGAGCGAGCGACCGUCGCUCGUCCUGCUGCUUCCGCCACAUCGGUGGACCGUGGACAUGCACACUACAAAUGUCAGGGUUUAAUCGGAUGGGUUCUGAUGGCAAUUUUGGCAAAGGUCCACGGGAGCUCACUGGUGCUGUUGACUUAAUUAGCCGUUACAAGCUCCUGAACCAUCAUAGUUUCUUUUGCAAGAAACCUUUGCCACUGGCAAUUUCCGAUACAAAUUAUCUUCACAAUGUUGUGGGAGACACAGAAAUACGUAAAGGGGAAGGAAUGGAGCUUGAUCAACUCUUUCAGGAUGCAUACCUAAGGGAGAAGACCUCUUACAUUCAACCCUUUGACAUGGAAACACUUGGACAAGCAUUUCAGCUGCGAGAAACAGCACCAAUAGAUUUGCCUUCUGCUGAAAAAGGUACGCCAACUAUAUCGGGUAAAUCAAAGAUCAAGUCCAAAGACAAAGUAAAGAAGCAUAAAAGGCACAAGGAGAAAGACAAGGACAAGUACAAGGAUCAGAAGAAGCACAAACAUCGCCAUAAAGAUCGGAGUAAAGAUAAAGAAAAAGAAAAAGAAAAAGAAAAGGAAAAAGAAAAGAAGAAGGAUAAGAGUGCGCAUCACGAUUCAGGAGCUGAUCGCUCCAAAAAACAUCAUGAGAAGAAGAGGAAGCAAGAGGGAUUGGAAGAUUUGGCAAGUGGUCAUAACCCCAAGAAAGUACAAAAGCGCAAAAAUCAAUGAAAUGAGCAAUGGGUUUCGUUAGUUCUCAUGCAAGAUAUGACAAGUUUGUUUCUGGUUAGCCUUGUAAUGUGACUCCGUGUUGAAUGCUGUCAAAGGUAGCUUUGAAGUUCUUGCUUGGCAAUAUCACUUCCCGAAGGUACUAUGCAGCUACUUGUAACGGAAAUUUUAUACCAAGCUGGUGAGAAGCACAAAGAUUGCUGUUACGUUGGAUUAUGAUGUACAGCAGUUCUGACGAAACUUAGAACUUAUCACACGGAAUCGUUGAACUUGUAAUUUCAGCUUUAUGCUCGCUAGCAAUUCUUCAGUAUGUCAUGUCUUGUAUUUUAGAUGAAAACCGGGUUCGUUGUCAAGCCGCAUUACACGCCCAAAUACUACAGAACCCAAUAGAUACUUGGUAUUUAUCCACGAUCCAGCAAAAACUAUGUUGGUGAUGAACACAAGGAACUACUACGUUGGUAUUUAUCCACGAUCCAGCAAAAACUAUGUUGGUGAUGAACACAAGGAACUACUACGUUGUAUCUUCUGUAUCAGUAUUGUUUGACACUUGGCAGCAAUAUAAUUGAAGACUAAAGUCAUGGAUCAA